AUGGAUUCCCGUGAAUACUUACAACGGGAUUUUAAUCCUAAAAGUUUAACAGUUGCUAAGCUUAGAGGGAUAUUAAAUGAAUAUGAUAUUUCAUUUUCAUCCAAUGCCAAGAAGGCCGAGUUAAUUGAGGCUUUCAAUGAGCAUAUUGGGUCGAAAUCUGAAGAAUUAUUGGCGAAAAUUGAAAAGACAAAUGGAGUUAUCAGUGGGAAAGGAAUUGUAGAUGAGACUGGUAAACAGAAGGAAAAGGAGAAGGAGAAGAAGAAGAAGAAGGUGGAAAAGAAAGUUGAAGGGAAAGUUGUAAAACCAAAGAAGAAGAAGGAGAAGAAAGUGAAGAAUGAAAAGAAAGAGGAUGAGAGGGAUGAGAAGGAUGAGUCUGUGGAAGAAAAAGAGACUGUUAAGAAGGAGGUGGAAGAGUCUGAUAAGUCAGUAGACAAGUCAUUGGAUAAGUCAUUGGACAAGUCAUUGGACAAGUCAUUGGACAAGUCAUUGGACAAGUCAUUGGAUAAGUCAUUGGACAAGUCAUUGGACAAGUCAUUGGACAAGUCAUUGGACAAGUCAUUGGACAAGUCAUUGGACAAGUCAUUGGACAAGUCAGUUGAUAAAUCAAUCGAUGAGUCAGUAAACAAAUCAGCAGACAAAUCAGCAGACAAAUCAGUGGACAAAUCAGUAGGCAAAUCAAGUGAUAAACCAGUUGAUUCAACUUCACCAUUCUCAACAGAAAAUAUCUUCCAAUCAUCUUCUCCAGUUAUUCCUCAAAAGAGAAAUAAAUCUGGCUCACCUUCAACUCCAUCUCGUUUAAAAUUGUCAAAACUUUCUCCAAAACCGAAAACUCCUCGUGGUCAUUUAUUCGAUGAAGAAGAUGAAGAUGAAGAAAAUGAUGAUUUUUUCCAAAGAUCUAUCAUUGCCAAGAGUCCCUUGAAAUUAUCUCCAAGAGGUACUCCAAGAAAGAGGAUUUCUUCACCAACAAUUAAACAUGAGGUUAGAAAUGAAUCUCCAUCAAUAGAUGGGUUGGUUCAGCAGAAGGAACCGGUUAAUAUGUUUGAUCUUGCCGCUGAAUUGGGUAUUACUAUACAGGGAACCCCUCUGAUUGUGAAGAAAGAAGAUCCACCAAUCAUUACCACUACCAAUAAUAAUACCGAUACUACUAAUAAUGUCAAUGAUACACCACUGAAACUUCUUUUUAAGAGGAAUACACCAAAGAAGACCCCAUUGAAGACCCCAUUGAAGACUCCAAGGGCUAAUUUAAAUUCUGAAUCUCUGUUAAAGGAGACUCCAUCCAAGACUCCAUCCAAGACUCAAUCUUCUAAUAAUACCCCAAAGUCUUCCAAGAAGUCUUCUAACAAGGCUACUCCAAAAUCUGCCCUUAAGAGUACUUCUAAUAACGCUACUCCUAAUAAGAUCGCCAAUAGUUCAUCUUCAAAGAUCUCCGAAUCUUCUUCCAAGAUCUCUGAAGCUUCUUCCAAGAUCUCCUCUGAUGUUGAAGAUGAACUUGAUGAAGAAUCUACAUUUGAUGUAUUAGAAAAUAACUUAAAAGAAGAUUUGAACACCUCUUCUUAUACCAAAAGAUCUCCAUCCAAACUAGCACUCUUCUCGUUCCUUUUCCUUUGGUUAACUCUUCUUUUGGCUGGUCUCUUUGGGUAUUGGUACCGUGAACAAACCUUCCUUGUUGGAUACUGUGGCCAAGAAAUAUACCAAGAAACUAUCCCCAAGGAAUCUUCCACUUCCCCUUUAAUCAUCAAAGCGGGUGAAUAUCUUGAUACUUUCAAGCCGGCCUGUGUUCCCUGUCCUCCACAUGGCAGAUGUUUCCCCAUGUUGCAACUUUCGUGUUACAAUGAUUUCAUCGAAUACCAACCAUGGUGGUUCAACUUGUAUCCAAUCAAUGUCGAACUGAAGAAGUGUGUACCGGACACGAAAAAGGCUGAAAAAUUGGAAAUUAUGAUCGAUGUUACCUUGGACUUGUUGCGAGAACGCAAUGCUAACACCAAUUGUGGUAGAUCUGGUCCAGAAGAUUUCUCCGCGGGGCUUUCCAUUGAAGAAUUGCAUUCCAUGCUCCUUGAAAUGAAGGCAUCAUACAUCACCAUUGAAGAAUUUGAAGAUUUAUGGGAACGUUCAUUGGUUGAAUUAGAAAAGGAACCAGAAAUAAUUACUGGGCUCGGCCUUGAUAACUUACCAGCCGACUCUAACUCUAACAACACGCGCGAAGAAGAGACCUCGUACAAAGUUCUUCGAUCAACGUCCCUUUCCAACCUCAGUUUCCACUGCCAAGUUCUGAAUACCAUCUUUGGAUCUUUAGCUUCUUACAAGAAUUGGUUACUUGGGGUUGUAUUGGCAACCAUUCUUGGCCUUUAUCUUCACUACAGGUACGAGCAGUAUUGCUUGUACCAACAAAAGGUGAGUACCUUGUAUCUCGAAGUGUUGAGUAAGUUGAGAAUGCAACGUAAAUUGGCACAAUCAGAAAGAAUCCCACCUUUCAUCGGACUGACUCAACUUCGAGAUUUGAUCCUCACUGAAACUAAUUUGCACAAGAAGAUCCAAUUAUGGGACAGCGUCAAUAAGAAAGUUGAGAACAAUCUGAAUGUUCGUCAUCGUUUGGAAGAGAGUCAUGGAGAAAUCAUGAGAGUAUGGGAGUGGAUUACUGAUGUUGAGUAGUUAUAUAUAUAGACAAUAAAUAAACCCAAUUUAGAA